UCAACGUUUGCCAGACUUGGAUAAGAGUGGACGAAGGGACUUGGGGCCGGAGAAGGGAUUCACGAGCGGAUUUUUUGUUUGGAGACACUCUCCAGUGGAUUGUGAUCAUUUUGUAAGGUUGAAUUAAGGCUGGACAGUGGUGAUGUCACUGCAAAUGAGUGAGGCAGAGGGGGCUGUGAAGGUGGAAGAGUGGCAGCAGACGUUAGAUUUAAUGUCUUUUAUUUCAUCAGGAGCCACCACCAUUCGAGAUGAGGACGAAUCUGAGUUCAGUAAGAAGUACAGCGUCAGUGCCAGCGCUGGCGAGAGCGCCACAGAUAUGGAGGCUCAGUACAGUCUAACUCGAGCCCAGAGAGUACGUGUGGCCAUGUUCCCCGAGACAAUAGUGGAGGGAGAGACGGUGCUCACCGCGCAGAGCAAUCCAGACCAGCCCACCAAUGUGCAGAGAUUGGCCGAGCCCUCGCAGCUCCUCAAAACAGCCAUCGUUCAUCUCAUCAACUAUCAGGAUGACGCUGACCUGGCCACACGGGCCAUACCAGAGCUCACCAAACUGCUGGCCGACGAGGACCAGGUGGUGGUGAAUAAGGCAGCACUGAUUGUGAACCAGCUUACUCGGAAGGAGGCGUCUCGCUGUGUGCUCAUGCAGUCUCCUCAGAUGGUGUCGGCUGUGGUGAGGGCCAUGCAGAACACCGGAGACCUGGAGACGGCACGCUGCGCUGCCAGUGUCCUGCACAGUCUCUCGCACCAGCGCGAGGGCCUGCUAGCUAUCUUCAAAUCGGGCGGCAUCCCUGCACUAGUGCGCAUGCUCAGUUCCCCUAUGGAGUCAGUGCUGUUCUACGCCAUUACCACGUUACACAACCUGUUACUGCACCAGGAGGGAGCCAAGAUGGCAGUGCGUCUGGCCGAUGGACUGCAAAGGAUGGUCCCUCUUCUGAAAAAGACCAACCCCAAGUUCCUGGCCAUCACCACAGACUGCCUGCAGCUGCUGUCUUACGGCAAUCAGGAAAGCAAGUUGAUCAUCCUGGCAAAUGCUGGGCCAGAAAGUUUGGUGUUCAUUAUGAGAAACUACAACUAUGAGAAGCUCCUAUGGACCACCAGCAGAGUCCUGAAGGUGCUUUCUGUCUGUCCAAGCAGCAAGCCGGCUAUUGUUGACGCUGGAGGUAUGCAGGCUCUCAGCCAACAUCUCACAGGUUCGAGUCAGCGUCUGACACAGAACUGCCUGUGGACCCUGAGGAAUCUCUCUGACGCUGCAACCAAGCAGGAAGGUCUGGACGGUCUCCUGCAGAUCUUAGUGAGUCAGCUGGGCUCAGAUGACGUUAACAUGCUGACCUGUGCUACUGGCAUCCUGUCAAACCUCACCUGCAACAACGCGCGCAACAAGGCCCUGGUCACUCAGAGCGGUGGGGUGGAGGCCCUCAUUCACGCCGUGCUGCGGGCUGGAGAGAAGGAGGACGUGGCCGAGCCGGCCGUCUGUGCCCUGCGUCACCUCACGAGCCGCCACCCCGACGCAGAGCUGGCCCAGAAUGCAGUGCGUCUGCAUUACGGCAUCCCCGCCAUCACCAAGCUCUUAGGCCAGCCGCACUAUUGGCCUGUGGUAAAGGCCACAGUGGGUUUGAUUCGUAACUUGGCCCUGUGUCCGGCCAAUCAGGCGCUACUGAGAGAAUCUGGGACAAUCCCUCGACUGGUCAACCUGCUAUUGAAAGCUCAUCAGGAAACUCAAAGACACGGCUCAGGGGCCCAGCAGACCUAUCAGGAUGGCGUGCGAAUGGAGGAGAUCGUGGAAGGCUGUACGGGCGCUUUGCAUAUACUGGCCAGAGAUCCCUUCAACCGAGGAGAGAUCGCCAGCAUGCAGACCAUUCCUCUGUUUGUGCAACUUCUGUACUCCUACUUGGAGAACAUAAAGCGUGUGUCCGCCGGUGUUUUGUGUGAACUGGCUCUGGAUAAGCAGUCUGCUGAGAUGAUUGACGCAGAAGGAGCAUCUGCACCUCUAAUGGAACUCCUGCACUCUCCCAAUGAGGGGAUUGCCACCUAUGCUGCAGCUGUUCUCUUCCGCAUCUCUGAGGACAAGAGUUCAGACUACAGGAAGCGUGUGUCGGUGGAGCUCACCCAUUCCCUCUUCAAACAUGACCCUGCAGCUUGGGAAAUGGCACAUGCCGCCAUGCCACUCGACCCUGGAUAUAUACCAGAUGGUGAGUUGAGAGCACAGUCGACAGCCCAGCACAUCUUUCUGCUUUAGUACACAACACCACCGCAAAUUGCCUAUUUA